UUUAUUUUAAACAUAGAAUUCGAUAUUAAAACAUAAUGUUUUUAAAUUAUUUAAAAACAGAAUUUUACGAUGUCCUUCUAAAUAAUAGGGUGCUAUUGCUUGUUGGAUUUGAUAUUGAUGCUUUGUGCGCAUGCAAAAUAUUACAGUCUCUACUGCAGUGUGACAAUGUUCUUUAUACAUUGGUACCAGUGGCAGGAAAAAGUGAUUUACAAGAAGCUUUCCGAGAACAUGGAGAUCAGGUGAAGUAUGUGGUGAUGAUAAACUGUGGAGCGACCAUUGACGUGGUAGAGUUCCUUCAACCUAAAGAAGAAACUGUUUUCUUUAUAGCCGACAGGGGGGGGGGUCUUAUCUAUAAUGAAGAACAGGUGAAACUCCUGAUGAAGCCAGGUGAUGAAGAAGUACCUGCAUUUGAAGAUCUUUUUAGAGAUGAUGAGUCUGAAGAAGAGUUAUCGGAGGAUGAAACUGGAGAACAUCGUCCACGAAUCACCGAGCAGAUCUUAGAAAAGCGUAGAGAGAGGAGACUGUGGGAAGAAAAAAGACACAAGAUAAUGUUCGAUUACACCCAGUUUAGCUUCUUCGGACAAGCUACAGCAUUGUUGAUGUAUGAGCUGGCCUGGAAACUGUCUCGAGAUACCAAUGAAUUGUUAUGGUGGGGAAUAGUAGGCUUAACGGAUCAACUGCAAAACAAUAAAAUAGAGCAAAAUAAGUAUGUACUUGAAGCGGGUAGCUUGCAAGGUCACGUUUCUCGUCAUAAUCACAGUAAUGAAAGUGAAGAGGCAAUCGUCUCAGUAAACUGUAUGAAAAUAUCGUUUGACAAAGAACUUCAGUUAGCUCUGUAUCGUCACUGGUCUCUCAUUGAAAGUUUGCGUAACACUACUUACACUGCUUGCAAGUUCAAGCUAUGGACAUUAAAGGGACAGAAAAAACUUCACGAAUUUUUAGCUGAAUUAGGUCUUCCUAUUGUACAAUGUAAACAGAAAUUUUCAGCCAUGGAUAUGCAGCUUCGAACUAAUGUCAAGGUGUGGAUAGAAGAUAUGUCGGAGAAAUAUGGGCUUGAGAAAAUUGUCUAUGGUUCUUUCAUCUCUCAUUAUGGCUUUCAGCAUAAAUACUGUGCCACAGAUGUUGUGUUUGCUGUUGGGGCUCUUCUAGAAGCAAUAGAUAAAGAAAAAACACCUGCUGACAAGUUCUUAGAUGCUUUGAACGCCCUCUCUUGGAGUAACAUCAACAUGUUGCAAAAGGGUAUCGAGAAAGUUAAAUCAAUGCUAGUGGCCAUCUUUGCACAAGUUCAGUCGUUCCUUCACAUGAAUCAUGUAAUUUCAGCAGGACCCUUUCUCUAUGCAGUUGUUCAAGAGGGUACUGUUGAUAUUCGAUAUUUUAGCUAUCCUGCGAGUUUGCUCAUGUUGGCUCAGUUCUUGCUGAGUGCUCACGUUGCAUCGUCAAAGAGCAGGCGAGCUCGAAAUUUACCAUUAGUAUUAACAUCCCCACUUGUGGAAAAACCUGGUUACUGCCUCGUUGUUGGAAUUCCACCAAUCUCUGAGGAAUCGCCAAAAAACUUCUUUGGAAAAGCAUUUGAACAAGCUGGUGAAAAGACAAACUCAUUUGUAUCACAAGACGUUUGGGACCCGGCAG